CUGAUCUGUUCAAUGUUGCUAUGAACUAUUGAUCUGUUCAAUGUUGCUAUGAAUUAUUGAUCUGUUCAAUGUUGCUAUGAAUUAUUGAUCUGUUCAAUGUUGCUAUGAAUUACUGAUCUGUUCAAUGUUGCUAUGAAUUAUUGAUCUGUUCAAUGACUUCACAGCAAAUUGUUCACUUUGUGUCAUAUUUGCUGUUUGCCAUAUAAAUAAAAAGGUUUUCUUUGAGGGUAUAAAACAUUUAAAAAAAACUUAAAAUUGACACAUCAGAAGUUGAUCUAGAGAUUGAAUAUACUUUUUGAUAAUAUAUUGACAUAUUAUCUUAUUAUGCUUUUAUUGAGUGGGGCCCUUUUGGAUAUCCUACACCUCACAAAUGUAAUGUUGAUGAAUUAUUGACUACAGCAUUUAAAUGACCUCACAUCAAAUAUUUUACUUUGAAUUUUUUUUUCUUUCAGGAAACUUUUUGCCAUCUAAGAGGGUUUUCUUUGAGGAAAACAUAACAAAAAUGUUUUAUGUCAACUGAUGGAUCAGAAGUUGAAGGUAGACAAAUAUUAAUAUAUGACCUUAUUGAUCACUUUAAUGACCUUUUUGCCCCCUGCGACCUCCAACAAGCCUUCAGGCUUACAUCAAGUAUUGUUUGGAUUCUGAACAUGAAAAAUAUCAAACAAAUGCUAGAAUUUUCUUCAGUGGAAAAAGUUUGGACACCCCUAAUUUAAAACUUUAUUUGAGUUGUUUUCAAAUGCAGUUUUUGGCCUUCUUGUCUAAAUGACUGCAACAAUAAAGCAGAUUAUUUCCUGUCAUGCAGCAACCUGAAAGAAAUGAAAAGUGUUUAAUUUUGAAACUUUUCUUUCUUUUUAGCCUUUUGCUGAGAUGUAAAAAGUUCAUUUUAUUUCUCACUGCACACUCGAGACUCCAUCUUGACUCAAACUAUUGUCUUCAUUACCAGGGAAAUAGAAGCAUUCACACCUUUGCUCACUUUGGAGUAUUUGCACCUUUUCAGCCUUCUUGGGAAGGACGCCACACCUUUUCCACACCUGGAUUUGGGGAUCCUCUCCACUUCUGUCCUUCUGGAAGGUCAACGUUGGUGGACAGCCAAAUUCAGCUCUCCAUUGGAGGUUUGAGUGAAAGUGGAGCUGCUGGCAUUCAAAGAAGAAAAGGACGCAAAGUGUUGCUGCAGCUGGAUCCUCGCAGGUGUGUGUUGACACUUUGAUUGACGUCCACAACAUGGUUCCGGUCCUGAAGGCUCCUUCCCGCUCUCUUGUGUCUGCUCUUGGGGUGUUCAUUGCCUUACAGACGGCACAGAUCCUGGUGGGCGUGUUCAACAUUGGUUUGGGGCCUGGAAGAACCAGUACCAGCCCCGCCGAUCUGAGCAGUUUGGGCGCCGCCUACUGGCUGGGUGCUGUGUUCAUCUUAACGGGGAUCCUGUCCAUCUUGGCGGGACAGUUCUCCUCGCCCUGCCUGAGGUUCUUCGCAGCCUUGAUGAACCUGGUUGGUGUUGUAUUCGCCGUGGUCGCCUUGGUGCUCUACGCCAUGGACGUGGAAAAUGCGUCUGUCCUCUGGAUGUGUGGAGGAGGACUUGAGGACGACAACUGCAGGCUGGCGGCUCGCUUUGCUCAGAGGUUGCUGACCUUGCUGGACGGGACAUUGAUGGUCUUCGCUGUUCUUCAGCUGUGCAUCAAUGCCAGGCUGUCCACCAUGGUCAUCAGGGCUUGGACCACCAUGGUCAUCAGAGCUUGGACCACCAUGGUCCUCAGGGCUUGGACCAGCAGGGCGAAGAGGAACCAACCUUUGCAGGGGGUCAAAGGGCAUCAACAGGCGACUCUGAGAGAGGUGGUCAUCCUUCCUAAAAUGACCAAUGUGAUACUUUGUGGCUGAGACAUUGCAAAUAAAGUCAAUAAUCAAUAUAAGACUUACAUGUUGGAC